AUGAACCACAUCCUACGGCCCCUGCUGGACGAGUGCGUAGUAGUGUACCUGGACGACAUUCUCAUCUACUCCAAGAACAUGAAGGAGCACGUAGAGCAUCUGCGGAAGGUGUUCGAGAUCCUGCGGAAGAAUAAGUUCUACGUGAAGCUGUCGAAGAGCGACUUCGCACUGAAGAAGGUGCAGUUUCUCGGGCACAUGGUGAGUGCCGAAGGCGUACACGUGGACCCGCGGAAGAUCGAAGCCGUUAAAAAGUGGAAAGUUCCAGAGAACGUGAAGGAGUUGCAGCAGUUCCUCGGCUUCGCCAACUACUACAACAGGUUUGUGCCGCAGUACGCUAAGAUAGCAGCGCCACUGACAGACCUACUGAAAAAGGACACGCCCUUCAAAUGGGGUGCUCCUCAUCAGCAAGCCAUGGAACAGCUACAGACAGCACUGACCACAGCGCCAGUACUCAUCCUACCGGACCCCGAGAAGGACUACGUAGUUGAAGCAGACGCUAGUGACCAGGCAGUCGGAGCAGUACUGAUGCAGGAUCACGGGAACGGGUUACAGCCUAUCGCCUACCUCAGUAAGAAGUUACACGGAGCAGAACUGAACUACCCCAUUCACGACAAGGAAGCCUUUUCUUGGAGACCCACUUCCACUACGACAUCGUCUACAAGCCCGGGCUACACAACAAGGCAGACGCGUUGA